AUGGCGACAGCCGUUAGAGCUGGAAGUGUCGUCGGUGCGCUGUCGUGUCAGAAAGACUCUUACCUGCAGACCCUGGAAACCGAAGUCCUUUCAUGCGAGCAAUACAUUCGCCCAGAAGCGCACGGAAAAUCAAAAAGCAAAAAGUCCCACGACCCUUCCAAGAUCCAAGGAGGCACAAAUCCAGCAUCAAAUCAGAAAUGGAUGAUCGAGUUCGCUGACUCAGUUCUGUUUCCCGAGGGCGGUGGACAACAUACCGAUCACGGCUCAAUUACACCACUGGGCGCAGAUAUGGUGAACCCGAUACCCAUCGAAAACAUUCAGCGGCACGGCUUACGGUGUAUACAUCUGUCGCCAACGCCCCUGAAAGUCGGCACCACUGUGCGACAAACAGUCGACUACCCACGAAGAUGGGACCUAAUGCAACAGCACACAGGACAACACUUACUCUCGGCGAUAAUGGACGGUAUGGAGUUACCAACUCUAGGUUGGAGUAUGGGACAACCAGGAGAAAUGAACUACGUCGAACUACCCCGAAAACCAACAGAUGAAGAGAUCAGCCUCAUCCAGCUGAAGUGCAACGCCACCAUCCGCGAAAACCUUCCAGUCACAGUCGAAACUCCGAAGGAUAAAGUGUCCUCAAGUCUACCUUUAGACUACGAUGCAGCGGAGGGUGUGGUACGCUUCAUCAAGAUCGGUAACCUAGAUUACAACGCUUGCUGUGGAACGCACCUCAAGCAGACGUCACACAUCGGCGUCAUCCUCUUGCACCACACACAAUCCAUAAGAGGAACCAACUCUCGCCUUUUCUUCACAGCAGGUGACCGCGCGUUAAAGCUAGCUACCGAGUCGAUCAACGGCCUGCGGAACAUCGGCGUCUCGCUCUCAACUAGUGCGGCGCCUGAAGAUAUUGCAGACAAAAUUAAGAUCCUCAACGAGCAAGUCUCGGAAGGUAGGAAGAAAGAAAAGAGGAUGGUAGUAGAGCUUGCAAAGUACGAGGCGAGAGAGAUUAAAGAGACGCUCCAGCGUUCAAGUGGUGCGUUCCUGCAUAGACCUGAAGAUGACGUGGACUUCAUCAAUCGGGUUUUGAUUGAGGUGGCGGAUACGCUCGACCAAGGUGGCGUUAUCGUACUGUGCACUGGGGAUGUGAAGUCGAGUGGCAUGGUUGUGAUACAAGGGAGGGAAGAUUUGGUCACAGGAUUGUCAGCACAGGUACGUGACGUUGUGAAGACGGCGAAGGGUGGGGGCAAGGGGAGGAAAUGGCAGGGCAAAGUUACAGAGUGGGAAAAGGGGGAAGUAGAGGCAUUGGAGAAUGCGGUGAGAGAAUUGUGA